AUGCCUAGUAAAUCGGCCACAUUUUAUGCCGUGAAACAAGGUCGGGCGCCUGGUGUAUACGAGACAUGGAGGGAAUGUCAAACCCAAGUGAAUGGCUUCUCGAAUCCUUUGUUUAAGAAAUUCCACGAUUUAGAGAGUGCUCGAGAGUGGGUUGGGAUACCCAAGCGGACUUUGGAAUCAGAUACACAGCUACCUCCUAGUAAGAGGCAUGAGAAGACCAAAGCAUCCUCAUCUUCGUCAACAAGCGACCCGAGUGUGACCCUUUUCCCAAUCAACUCCACGUCCAAAUCAAAGGCAUCUGUCGAUACCCCGCACAAACAGAUGCAAUCCGACACAGAGCAUGUGGUAUAUACCGACGGCGCGUGCAGAGGAAAUGGACGGGCAGGCUCUCUCGCGGGUGUCGGUGUAUGGUGGGGGAAUAAUGAUCACCGGUACUGGGUUCCAGUUUUGGAACAAACACUUAUUGUGGCUCAUUAUUUCGCAAUUUCAACGAAUAAUCGCGCAGAGCUCAUCGCCAUCAUCCGAGUUCUCGAAACAGCUCCGAUUUCGAAUACGCCGUUGAGGAUCAAAUCCGACUCACAAUAUUCCAUCAAAUGUCCGCACUUAUAUUUCUCCCCGGCUCGUGUGGAGAUUGACAUAGAUCCUGACUUUUGGAUAUCCAUAUGUUCAGGCGUUGAAGAGUGGCUGCCCAAUUGGAUAAAGCGCAACUGGCGCUCUUCCACUGGCGCGCCCGUGAAGAAUGUGGACCUCGUCAUGUACCUAUCCACCCUGCUUGACCUCCGUGCGCGCUCAGGGCAGAAGAUAAUAUUAGAACAUGUGCGCGGCCACAGGGGCGAGGAGGGGAACGAAGGGGCUGACGUGCUAGCCGUCGCCGGAGCGGCGUAUCCAGAGGUGCAAGACCGCGAUUGGGCACAGCUGAUGAAGGCUGUAGAGAAGAAGAUGUCGUUCAUGGACGGUGUCGCGGACGGUGUCGCGGACGCCUCUAGAGCCGGUGUGUCUGAGAGCGAAGAUGCGCCAGUGACCAUUGUAGCAGAAACAACGGAAACCCCUACGGCUGGGACGGAGUUCCUGCUCAGCGACGAAGAUCUGUUGGAAAUGGAGAGAACAGGUGAUUUCGAUUGA